ACUAUGCGUCAUCGUUAUUGACGUUAUCGUUAUCGUCUUUUAUACCUUAUAUAUAUAUAUAUAGUUAAACUAUCCUAAAUAUAUAAAAAAAGUAUCAUUAAAAAUCGCAAAUUGUGCUGUAAAAAAAAUGUAUAUUUGUGCUGUAAAAAUUUUUUACAACACUUUGGUUUGAUUCAAGACAAUCAUGAUAUAGAAGGGAAGGGGGCUAAUAUGUGUGGUAUAUUAAGCUUGAUAACGAUCAAUCAAGAUGAGAAGGAUGUUGAUAUACCGUGUUGUAUUCCUCAAAAUGAGUUAAUUACCAAAUCUAUUGAUGAUCAACCGUUUCAAAUUUGGGAAACUUUACAAACGAAUACUUUCUUACAUCAAGAUUUAAUUAGAAAUAUAAAGGAAUUAUCCAAUCAAGAUAUUAAGAAAUUGAAUAAUUUAGAUAAAUUACGUUCAUUAACUCUUGAAUUGAAUAAAUUGAAUAAUAGAAUUAAUAAACAGAAGAAAACUAAAAUCAAGACUAAGAAGAAUAAGAAGAAAGAUGAUGAGGAAGUAGAACAGGUACAAGAUAAAUCAGAUCCUAUUGAUAUUGAUAAGAAGAUACGAUUAGUUAAACUUCAAAUCAAUGAGAUCAUGGGUCAAGAUGAAUCAGAAUCAGAUCAAAAUGAAUCAUCACCCAUUACCGAAUCACAAACCAUAUCCCAGGAAACCUUUGAAUCAUUAAUCUAUAAAGUAUCUAAUCGUGGACCUGAUUAUUUAAAUUAUACCCAAUUUCAACAACAUGCUAAUGAUCUCAUUUCAUUUCAAUUGUUUUCUUCAAUCUUAUCAUUAAGACAACCGUUCACAACUCAACCUAUCAUAACUUCAAAUCAUCAAUUUAUCUUACAAUUUAAUGGGGAAUUAUAUAAUGAUGAAUGUUUAUUGGAGAAUGAUACUCAAUUCAUCAUGGAUAAAUUAUCUCAAUCCCCAGGUUCAAGAAGAGAGAAUAUUUUCAAUAUUUUAAAUGAAUUAAAAGGAGAAUUUGCUUUUAUCUUGUAUGAUUUAUUACAUUCUGUGGUUUAUUUUGGAAGAGAUAAAAUUGGAAAGAGAUCAUUAGUCUAUUUAUGGAAAAAGACUGAUCAAGAUGAUCAACAAUUAUUAAUCAGUUCUAUACCAGAAGUUAAUCAUCAUGAAGGACAAUUCAUUGAAUGUGAGAAUAAAAUCUAUGAAUUUGAUUUACAUUCAAAACAAUUACAAAUAUUUGAUUAUAUUAAUCAUGAUCAAUGUUAUACUCCAUUGAAAUUUAAUGACGAUAUACCUAAUGAACAACAACAAAUAUCAAAAGUUUAUCAAGCUUUAAAAUCAUCAACUUAUAAACGACAAUUAUCCAUCAAUCCUUUACAUCAUGAAGAAAUUGAAGGUUCAAGACCAUCAUUAGCUAUUUUAUUCAGCGGUGGAUUGGAUUGUACGAUUAUAGCCAGUUUAAUUUGUGAAAAUAUCAUUGACUAUAAUCUCCCCAAUAAAACAAUUGAUUUAUUAACAGUUGGAUUUGAUAAUCCUAGAAUUAAUCAAUUAGCAAAUAAUAGUCCCGAUCGAAUCUUAGCAAAGAAAUCUUGGUUUUAUUUACAAAAGAAAUAUCCUACUAUUAAUAUUCGAUUGAUUGAAAUUAACGUAAGUUAUAAACAUUGGUUAAUUCAUAAACAACGAGUAUUGGAUUUGAUUUAUCCUAGUAACACUGAAAUGGAUUUAUCGAUUGGUAUUGCAUUUUAUUUCGCUAGUGGUUGCAAUGAUGAUUUAACUACCAAAUCUCAAUUCAAGAGUGUUAUUACACUGGAAGUUACGUAUGAUGAUUUUAUCAAAGAUGAAACGGUAUAUAUUGAUGUUGAAUCAAAGUACAUGUCAAAGGCUAAAGUUUUAUUCAGUGGAUUGGGAGCGGAUGAAUUAUUUGCAGGAUAUAGUAGACAUGAAUCAAUCUUUCAAAAUAUAACUGAACAAGAUGAUGUUAAUCAAUUAUAUGAUAAAUUAUCCUCUGAAUUAAUCAAUGAUAUUGAAAUCAUUUAUAAACGAAAUCUAGGAAGAGAUGAUCGAGUUAUUUGUUGUUGGGGUAAAGAAUUAAGGUAUCCUUAUUUAGAUGAAGAAUUUAUAACAUUAGUUAUAAAUGAAAUUGAACCAAAUUUAAAAUUAAACAUCAUGAAUGAUAAGAAAUUAAUUAGAAAAUAUUUAUUAAGACAAUUAGCUAAUGAUAAAUUACAAUUAUCAUGGGUUAAAGAUGAAUUAAAGAGAGCUAUUCAAUUUGGUGCAAAAUCUGCUAAAUUAGAAAUUGGACAAAAUAAAAUUAAAGGUACGGAUAUAUUAUAAAUAAAUAAAUAAAUAAAAUAAAUAAGUGUAUAUAGGUUUAUAGACA